AUGGUUCUAUUCAGUAGUUCACUGAAUGGAGGCGAGAUGUCGUUCUUUGGACGUGCCGCGAAAUGGCUGCCUCUUGCAGUCACGGCUCUCUUCAUCAGCACAGCAAUCGUCCUGCUCCUAUCAUCGACUCCCUCACAGCAUGGCAUCCCCACCCUUUACCUCCCACGCGUUCAAGUCAGCACGGCCUGGGUGGAGCCGGUGGGGGAUGAGCCUCAGUCGGAGAUCGAGGCUAUUUGGGCGGCGCAUGCCGCCAAACACAUGGCGUUCGGGAAGGUGCAUCGGCCCAGACGCCCGGCGGAGGCUCGGCAAGAGGUUCGGGAAGAGGCUGGGGAAGAGGCUGCUGGGGACGAGGUUCGGCAGCAUGGGUGGAGUGAGGGGAAGUGCGAGGGCAAGUGCUGCUCCAAUGCUGCUCCCGCGCUCGCCCCCGGCGUUCCCAAGAUGACUUCUCUGUGGCUCAGCAGCCAGCUGGCACACGGCGCUAGGGUGAUAGUGCGCACCAAGACAUGGGGCACGUGGUGGGCGGCAGCAGACGGGGUGAACUGGGAGGGGCGUGUAGGCCGGGUCUAUUCCACGCCCAGUGCCUCACAGGCGCUCACCAUCAUUCGGGUCUCAGACUCUGAGUUCCAAUUCCUGACUCCCAGCAACACCUUUCUAACAAAAGCAGCGUCCAUGUUCCUGGAGACAACUACCAACGCCUCGGAUCCGCUCACUGUGUUCACCAUCGAGUAUAUUCCAGAUACGGUCUACGUGGUCUUCAAAUCCUCCGAUGGAUGGUACAUCUCACAGAACGGCGAAAAUGGCCCGCAGUUCUGGUGGCAAGGGGAGCCGGGCGACUGGGAGCGGCUUGAUGUGCGGGAGAUCAUGUGGGUGCCGGCCAUUCGAGGGGCGAAUCUGGGGUCGUGGCUCAUGACUGAGCCGUGGAUGAAUAGAGAGGUGUUCAAGUUUGCUGGAUACAGCGAUGGCACCCGGUUCACUCUUCGCUCGGUGAUAUCGGGCCAAUACGUCACAGCGCCCGGUGGUGGUGGAACAAUAAUGACUUGCAACGGUUCACUGAAUAAGGACGCGUAUCUCCACCUCACCACCGUUCGAAACGCCUCCUCCAACACUCGCAGAAUAGCCGUGCAGUGGCUGCAGUACUGGGCUGUACGGGACAACUCACCCAACGUCUGGGUCCAAUCCACAGAGCCCGAGGGCGCAGCGAGCAACUUUGAGCUCUUUAUUUACGGCAUUCCCCUCAACAAAUCAACGGAGCAGAGGGGCGGCGAUGUGCGUGUGGUGCUGCGCGCUCCCAACGGCCUCUUCCUGCAGGCCAACCCUGACGGCUCCCUCACUGCUGAUCUCAUGGACUCCCUCAAUAAUGACGCUAUCUGGAGCAGUGCUGCUGCAUUUGACCUCUCUGUGCUGUGGCGGGUGGAGGCGGAUUGGCAGGCGGCCUACACAGCCGGCGCAGCAGCCCCAUCAAUCUACGAGAACAUUCGCCGAAACUUCAUCAAGGAAGCAGACUGGCAGAAAAUGCAAGAACUAGGCGUCAACACAGUGCGAAUCCCCCUGGGCUACUGGAUUGGCCUCGAUGCCUCCCCUGAGUUCCCUUUCGUGCCGGGAGCAGUGACAUACCUGGAUUGGGCGUUUGAGAUGGGGAGGAAGUACGGGGUGAGGAUCUGGUUCAGUGUGCAUGUGGCGCCGGGGUCACAGGCUGGCAAGGGGAAUGCGCGGGAUGGGCUGAUUCGCUGGCGAGGGGCCAAUAUCAACCGCACGCUCGACUUUGUCACAUGGCUUGCUGACAGGUACGGUGCCGACCCUAUGUGGCUGGGCAUGGGGCUGCUGAACGAGCCGGUGGUGGGGGGGGCGAACGGGUACGCGGGGGUGGAUCUGGAGGACAUGCGGGGGUACUACUCCGCGGCCUUCAACGCCAUCCGCGCGCGCUGCCUGUGCUGCUUCGUGGCCAUGGAGGGCCGCGUGGGCAGCAACUUUGGCGACGUGAUGUGGCACAUGAAUGACGCGUGGCACAACAAUGUGAUCCUGGAGCAGCACAUCUACGACGUCUUUGGCAACUUCUUCAGCUCCCAGGGCGUCAACUUUGAACUUGAUUACGCCUACACCACCAGAGUCAACAACAUCGUCAGUUUCCAGGAGAAAGUGGGGCGGCAGCUGCUGGUGGGGGAGUUCUGCAAUGCGAUGGGCAACCCUGCAACACCGGAGCAGCAGGCCAACUUCUCUCUCGCCCAGAUGAAGGCCUUCAGUCACGCCAAGGCUGGCUGGUUCUUCUGGUCCUGGAAACUCAACACCACUGGGACGCACCACUGGCAGUUUGUCAACAGUUACGAGCGAGGCUGGUUGCCCAAAAAGCCUGAUGUGAUCACUCGCCUCGAGAUUAUCGAACUGCGGGACACACCCUCUUGGUUUCAUCAGUCAAGUCGCGAAUCAUUGACUGCAGCAGCAACGAUGAACGUAGAGGCCAUCCUUCGUCGGCAUCCUUCCAAGAAGCUUCGCCGUGUUUUGGAGGACCCUUCCACGUAUAGGUUCCAGGUGCUUGUAUCAGAAGUUACUGCAAACGCUAAUGGUCAGCCCUGUCUGCGUCGACAGGGCUACCGAGUGGAUCAUGAGUACUUCUAUCCUGCCAGUGCCAUCAAGCUGUGUGCUGCAGUGGUGGCUCUUCUGAGAGUGGCAGAGUACCAAGCUCGAGGCGUGAACGUAUCGUUGAACUCGCCUCUCUCGUUCCUCCCUCUGUACCCCGGAGACAAGGAGGAGAGCCAUGACCCGUCCAACUUGAACGGAGGGCAUAUCACAAUUGCUCAUGAGAUCAGAAAGAUGUUCCUGGUGUCUAGCAACACGGCAUACAACAGGCUCUAUGCAUUCACAGGACAAAGGCGACUCAAUGAAGCCAUGCACUCCCUGGGUCUCUCCUCUGCGCACCUCUCCCAUCGCCUCUCCCUCCACCUCUCUCCUCUCGACAACCGGCGCUGUGAACCAGUGCGAGUGGGCUUGGAAGCCAAUGCACCAGAAUACUGCUUUCCUCCCAAGUGGAGUAGUGUUGAGCUGCCUCCCGUAGAGGGAGUGGAGGGGUUGCUGGUGGGGCGUGCUUAUAUCGAUGCCAAUGGCACCCAGGUCAACGCGCCUUUGGACUUCUCCCCCAAGAAUCGCUUGACUCUCGUUGACCUGCAGAACCUCCUCGUGCUGCUCAUGCGCCCAGACAUACAGCUGCCUGGCUGUCAACCGAUUGGAUUGGAUGAGGGUCACAGGCUGCUGCUGCUGGAGGCUAUGAGGCAAUACCCUCGGGAGUCCCGCAAUCCCAGAUAUGCUGACAAGAAGUACACAGACGAUUACUGCAAGUUUUUCCUGCCCGGACUGUGCCGAGUGCGACCAAAGGAAGCUCUGCGCAUCUACAACAAGAUUGGGCAGGCGUUUGGCUUCACCAUUGAUAACGCCUAUAUUCUCGACAUAGAGACGGGAAGGGAGUUCUUCCUCUCUCUUGCUCUCUACACCAAUGAAAAUAGCUGCCUGAAUGACGAUAAGUACGAGUAUGACCUGGCAUAUGACGUGGCAGCUGACGUGGCAGAGGCCAUUGCGAUGGCCUUGUGGGAUGAUAAGAACAUGACUCGAGACCAGGAUGUGUACUAUGCCUAA